AUGUCCAGUGACAAUCCGGAGAUCUGGAAAGCAUUCAAUGCGAAAUCUCACGCCCCGACCACCCCACGAACAGGCUUGUUCCAGAACAAAGACCUAACAUCACCGGCCGGGUUCCAGACCUAUGCAUAUCGAACGUUAAAAAAAGCGCGGGCGCUCGUAGAUAAGAUUGUCAAAGCACAGUCCCCGGAGGAACUACAGGGUAUUGUGAAGGAUUUGGAUAGGCUUAGUGACCUGCUAUGCCGAGUUAUAGACAUGGCGGAUUUCGUCCGGUCCACGCAUCCCUCACAGGAUAUUGUGGUGGCGGCAAAUGAAGCUUACGGACUCAUGUACGAAUAUAUGAAUGUCUUGAAUACUACGACGGGACUCUACAGGGCUUUGCAGAGGGCGUUGGAGAAUCAGGAGGUUGUUGCGCAGUUGUCUGAUGAGGAGAAGACCGUUGCUAGGAUUUUGUAUAGGGACUUUGAAAAGAGUGGCAUUAACCUCCCCGCUGCGGCACGAAAGAAGUUUGUCGAGUUGAGCAAUCGGAUUGCAGAAUUAGGUCCCGAGUUUGCCAAUGGGAUGGCGCCACAGAAAAGAGUGCUCAAGUUUCCAAGCUCGAAAUUGCACGGGAUGGAUCCAUUGGUUGUGCGUGGGCUCACAAACACGGGGACCGUAACGCUGCCGACUACUGGGAUGCCGGCGAGUCAUGCUUUGAGAAUGGUGGAGGAUGAGGAUGUUAGGAAGGAGGUGUACCUUGCUUGCCAUACCAGUUCCAAGAAGCAGUUGGGGGUUUUGGAGGAGAUGUUGAGGACCAGGGCGGAGUUGGCACGGCUGGUUGGACGCGAAUCUUAUGCGGAGGUAGCGCUUGCAGAUAAAAUGGCUCGGUCGCCGGAAGCUGUCUUGAAGUUUUUAAAUGCGCUCUCAGAGGCUAAUAAGCCCGCUGCUAUAUCGGAGGAAAGUAUCCUACAGAGUAUCAAGAGGGAACUGGGGAACGACACCCCAUUACAAGCUUGGGAUAAGGACUACUACUUCGCGAAGUUAAUCCGGGCAAUCCGCUCUCACCGCCGCUCACCUGACAUUCUCUCCUCCUACUUCUCCCUAGGAACUGUGAUGCAAGGCCUCUCGAGGCUCCUAACAAGGCUCUACGGCGUCCGCUUCGUCCCCCGCGAAACCUCCCCGGGCGAGACCUGGAACGACGACGUCCGGCGCCUGGAUAUUCUUGACGAAUCCGACGGGCACAUCGCAGUAGUCUACUGUGACCUCUUUGAGCGCCAGGGAAAGCACCCAAACCCAGCACACUUUACCGUUCGCUGUUCCCGAGAAAUCACCGACGAGGAGUACCUCGAGUCCGCACUCUCGGGCGACCGUGAAGAUGAUGGCAUGGCCUCUGCCCGGCGGGCAGACGGUAAGCUCUACCAACUCCCCACGAUAGCACUAAUCUGCAACUUCCCCCGCGGUGACCCAAGCAAACGCCCCACACUCCUAGUCUUCCGCGAAGUCCAAACCCUAUUCCAUGAGAUGGGCCACGCAGUACACUCCAUCCUGGGGCGUACAAGCCUUCACAACGUCUCGGGAACUCGCUGUGCAACGGACUGGGCUGAAAUGCCCAGCAUACUAAUGGAGCACUUCGCCCAAUCCCCCACCGUCCUCUCCCUCUUCGCGCGCCACUACGAAACCGACGAGCCCAUGCCCACGCACCUCCUCGCUGACCGCAUAUACGAGGAAUCCCUCGCCCAAGCCACCGAAACCCGCAACCAGAUAAUCCUAGCCCUGCUCGACCAACACUACCACUCCUCGCUCCCGCUCUUCCACGACUUCAACUCAACCGCUGUAUUCCACGAGAUUUACCGUGCUUACGCACUAUUGCCGGCUGGAGAGGGCACCAGCUGGCAGGGCUUCUUUGGGCAUUUGUUUAGCUAUGGCGCGACGUAUUACGCUUAUCUAUUCGACCGUGCGAUCGCGGCGAAGGUGUGGAAGGACGUGUUCGAGGCGGAGCCGACCCGGCGGGAGAAAGGGGAGAGGUUUAAGGAGGAGGUGCUCAAGUGGGGGGGCAGCAGGAGUGGGUGGAAGUGCCUUGCUGGAGUGCUCGGUAGGAGGGAGCUCGAGGAGGGGGGCGAGAGGGCGAUGGUGGAGGUUGGGAGGUGGGGGAGUGAUUGGAAGUAA